CGGCGCCAACGCUGAUUAUGUCGAUGGAGCAGGGACUUAGGAUGGACCCUCCGCUAGCCCGUUUCCUGGUGCCCGUCGGUGCCACGAUGAACAUGGACGGCACCGCCAUCUACUUCAUUGUCACUGUGCUCUUCUUUGCGCAAAAGAACAACAUCGCGUUCACUUUCGGAGAACAUCUUGUCGUCGGGUUGAUGUGCUGUCUGGCCACCCUGAAUACAAGCCCGUCGCCUCAGGCCGGCCGUGUGGUAUUGGUGUACCUGAUGACCUCCCUCGGGAUUCCGCUAGACGGCAUUGGCAUACUCCUCUACACGGACUGGAUUAUGAAUCGUCUUUCUACGGCUGUGAACGUGCUGGGUGACGCCGUGGUCGCCAGUGGGACACAGGAGUUGUGCAGGGCCACUCUGCCAACCGGCCAUGACCAAGAGUGACUGCCUUAUGGCACGCAAUAUACGAGACAAGAUACCAUCUCUUGAGACAGUGUUGUGAACUUUUAGUUUGGUCAGCUGUUAGCGUUCAUGUGGGGUUUGCUUGCGCAGCGCAAUUUUUCAGUUUCAUUUUAAAAAAGUUGCAAGUGGGUGCUUGUCGUUUUCAGCUGUAUUUUCAUCCGUUUUGCGAACGAAAAAUUAGCAUCCCGGUGUUCACAGCCACUUUGUUUCAGUGCGUAUCUUGAUGAAUGUUCUCAUGAAAUUAUCAUACCGCUUUUAUUAGCUUGCGGACUCCAACAAUCGGCAGCUGUGCUCUGUAAGGUUCUUCGCUCUGCACUAUAAAUA